AUGUCCCACAAUUUAGACAGGGCGAUAGAGAUCGUGCAGGGCGCGAUCGAAUUCGACAAGAAGCAAGACUACGAUGAGGCCUACAAGCUGUACUCCAAUGCUCUCGACUACUUCAUGCUCGCGCUCAAGUACGAGAAGAACGAGCGGUCGAAGAAGCUGAUCAAGUCGAAGUUCAACGAGUACCUCGCGCGCGCCGAGACCCUCAAGGAGCACAUCCAGAGCAAGGAGGACAAGCGUGCCAAGAAGGCCAUCGGGGUCAACGGCGCGAGUGGUGGUUCCGGAGGAGGAGGCAAAGGCCCAGGCAAGGACGACGGGGACGACCAGGACCCGGAGGUCAAGAAGCUGCGCGCAGGGCUCGCGAGCGCGAUCGUGUCCGAGAAGCCGAACGUCAAGUGGGAGGACGUCGCGGGGCUGGACGCGGCGAAGGAGGCACUCAAGGAGGCGGUCAUCCUGCCGAUCAAGUUCCCGCACCUGUUCACGGGCAAGCGGACGCCGUGGCGCGGGAUCCUGCUGUACGGCCCGCCGGGGACGGGGAAGAGCUUCCUCGCGAAGGCGGUCGCGACGGAGGCGAACGGGACGUUCUUCAGCGUGAGCUCGAGCGACCUGGUGAGCAAGUGGCAGGGCGACUCGGAAAGGUUGGUGAAGCAGCUGUUUGAGAUGGCGCGAGAGAACAAGCCGGCGAUCAUCUUCAUUGAUGAGGUGGACUCGCUCGCGGGCACUCGUAACGAGUCCGAGUCGGAGGGCUCGAGGCGCAUCAAAACGGAGUUCCUAGUGCAGAUGAAUGGCGUGGGGCACGACGAUACGGGAGUGUUGGUGCUCGGGGCAACAAACAUUCCGUGGCAGUUGGACAACGCUAUCAAGCGACGGUUUGAGAAGCGCAUAUACAUCCCUCUGCCCGGUCCUGAAGCCCGAAGACGAAUGUUCGAACUCCAUGUCGGAGAUACCCCUUGCGAGUUGGCGAUGAAAGACUAUCGUCUUCUUGCGGACAACACGGACGGGUACUCGGGCUCCGAUAUCGCCAUCGUCGUCAGAGAUGCUCUCAUGCAGCCUGUCCGGAAGGUUCUCUCGGCAACCCACUUCAAAUACGUGGCCGACGUCAAAAAGUGGACGCCAUGCUCUCCUGGUGAUCCUGACGCCGAAGAGAAGUCUUGGACGGAGAUUGAGAGCGACGAGCUCCAGGAACCGCCUCUGCGCAUAGCCGAUUUCAUGAAAUCGCUCGACAACGUACGGCCGACUGUCACCGCAGAUGAUAUCAGGAAGCACGAUGCAUGGACACUGGAAUCCGGGAACGAGGGGUCAUGA